UUGGGUGGCAUAGACCACGACGCUCUCGUCAGAUUGGCCGAAAAUCACUUUGGUAGCUUGCCAACGAUUGCCAGCGCACAGACCAGCAAGAGUGCCAUCAAGAAGCCUGUUUUCACGGGCUCCGAGUUACGUAUCCCCGACGACAAUUCGCCACAAGCACAUAUUGCCAUUGCUGUAGAGGGUGCCAGCUGGACUUCGCCCGAUUAUUUCCCUUUGCUGGUAAUGCAAUCCAUCAUUGGCUCGUGGGAUCGUUCCUUGGGCGCAACCGGCCAUCUCGAUUCCCGUUUAUCGUCUGUCGUACAUAAGCAUCAGCUCGCCAACUCAUUCAUGUCGUUCAAUACCUCGUACAAGGAUACUGGCUUGUGGGGUAUCUACUUGGUGACCGAAAACAAGGAUAGAAUCGACGACCUGGUCCACUGCACACACAACGAGUGGAUUCGAUUGGCAUCAACAGUGACGGCUAGUGAGGUCGAGCGUGCCAAACAGCAGCUCAAGGCAGGACUGUUACUUGGUUUGGAUGGAUCCACUGCAAUUGCCGAAGACAUUGGGCGCCAGCUUUUGACUUCGGGCGCACGCAUGUCGCCAAAGGAGGUCGAGGAGACUGUUGCCAAGGUUACAGUUGAUGAUGUGCGUCGUGUGUUCAGUGUGCUGCUUUGCAAGAAAAACACCAUUUGUAAACGAUAA